AUGGAAGGGAAAGCACUUAAUCAAUUUGUUAACGGGUUUUUUUUUAUAUUUUCUUUUUCUUUUCUACCUUUUUCUCCUCCCCCCCCUGUUUUAUUUAGUUCAUACACUACUACUACUACUACUACUACUACUACUACUACUACUACUACUACUACUACUACUACUACUACUACUACUACUACUACUACUACUACUACUACUACUACUACUACUACUACUACUACUACUACUACUACUACUACUACUACUACUACUACUACUACUACUACUAGAAUGUCUAAUGUAUGA